AUGAGGGGUCAUAAAGGAGCUAAAGGAGAGAUUGGAGAACCUGGAAGACAAGGUCACAAGGGUGAAGAAGGGGACCAGGGCGGACUGGGAGAAGUUGGAGCUCAAGGACCUCCGGGAGCUCAAGGUUUGAGAGGCAUUACCGGCGUAGCUGGCGAGAAAGGGGAAAAGGGUGCUUGGGGCUUAGAUGGAGAACCUGGGCCUCAGGGGCUCCCUGGUGCACCUGGUGACCAAGGACAGCGAGGACCUCCAGGAGAAAUAGGUCCCAAGGGAGACAGAGGCCCUCAAGGUUCUCCUGGAAUUCCUGGUCUCCCUGGGCCCAAAGGGGACACAGGCUUGCCAGGUGUGGAUGGCCGUGACGGAAUACCUGGAAUGCCAGGAACAAAGGGGGAACCAGGGAAACCCGGGCCUCCUGGUGAAGCAGGUUUGCAGGGAUUACCUGGUAUACCUGGAAUUCCUGGCGCAAAGGGUGUGACUGGUGAAAAGGGUAACACAGGUGCUCCAGGGAAGCCCAGUCAGUUGGGGAAUUCUGGCAAACCGGGCCGCCAGGGGCCGCCCGGAGAAGUGGGACCCCGAGGACCUCGGGGCCUUUCUGGCAGCAGAGGUGAAGUAGGACCAGUGGGACCCCCAGGGCCACCAGGUAAACUGGGUUCUCUUGGCAGCCCUGGCCUUCCUGGCUUGCCUGGCCCCCCUGGACUUCCUGGGAUGAAAGGUGACAGGGGUGUAGUUGGUGAACCCGGUCCAAAGGGUGAACAGGGCGCCUCUGGUGAAGAGGGUGAAGCUGGAGAAAGGGGUGAACUCGGAGAUAUAGGAUUACCUGGCCCAAAGGGAUCUGCGGGGAACCCUGGGGAGCCUGGCCUGAGGGGGCCCGAAGGCAGCCGGGGGCUUCCCGGAGAGGAAGGACCCCAAGGCCCGCCGGGCCCGCGCGGCUUGCAGGGGGAGCAGGGCGCCACCGGCCUGCCGGGGAUCCAGGGCCCCCCGGGCAGAGCGCCGACUGAUCAGCACAUCAAGCAGGUUUGCAUGAGAGUCAUACAAGAGCACUUUGCUCAGAUGGCUGCGAGUCUCAAGCGUCCAGACUCCGGAGCCUCGGGCCUCCCUGGGCUGCCUGGACCCCCCGGCCCCCCGGGCCCCCCUGGAGAGAAUGGCUUUCCGGGCCAGAUGGGACUCCGCUGUCUCCCAGGCAUGAAGGGCCCCCCUGGUGCUCUCGGUGUGAGGGGCCCUAAAGGUGAUGCAGGAGAAAGAGGGGAUCGUGGUCCCCCAGGAAGAGGUCCCAAAGGUUUGCCAGGAGCUCCCGGUCUCCCAGGUGACCCGGGUCCUGCCAGCUACGGGAGGAACGGCCGGGACGGCGAGCGAGGCCCCCCAGGGCCGGCGGGCAUUCCCGGUGUGCCCGGCCCCCCGGGCCCCCCGGGCCCUCCUGGUUUCUGCAAGCCAGCGUCCUGCACCAUGCAGGCCGGUCAGCGGGCGUUCAACACCAAAGGUCCCAGCCAGUGA